AUGAAGCUCACCACCUCUUUUUCUCUCCUCGCCGUCGCGCUCGCGGGUGCUCAAAGCGUCCUCGCCUUUCCGGAGUACGCCUCCCGCUCCCACAAAGAUUUCACCGUCGGACAAAUCGUUCGAGAACGCGUGGAGAGGCGAACGGCUGAGGGGACUCAGUUCCCAAAGCGUCUGCUUGGUCUCGACGGUCUGCUCGAACCUCUGACUGGUGUGCUAUCUGCACUUGGCUUGCCUGCUGCUCAGAAGCAGGGCGCAGUGCUCGUCCCCGACGCCGCUCACCCUUACAAGGCCCCCGGCCCGACCGACAUUCGCGGCUUAUGCCCCACUUUGAACACGAUGGCGAACCACGGUUACAUCGCUAGAAAUGGAAUCACGACCUUUGCCGAGGCUUCAAACGGCUGCCAACAGGCUUUUGGCUUCAGCUACGACCUUUGCACGUUCCUGUCAGCCCUCGGUCUCUUGGCUGGUGGUGACAUCUUGUCAGGGAAGAUGUCGAUCGGUGGCCCUGAUAGCCGCGUGCCCAACACGCUGGGGAAAGCUGGUGAGUUGACGCAACACGGAGUCUUCGAGAUAGAUGGCUCCAUGACGAGAGCCGAUACUUACUUUGGCAACAAUCACAACUUCCAACUUGACAGGUGGAACAACAUCGUCAAGAUGGCCAACGAAAACGGCGGUAAAUUUGACAAUACGAUGUGGAAGAAGGAGCGCAAGCAAACGUACGACUUUGCCAGAGCCAACAAUCCCGAAUUCUACGCAGGUGUCAAGUACAUUGCGGUCUCCAUUGCUGAGAGAG